AUGUGUGAACGUUUUGUUCAUGGGCUAAGCUACGAGCUACAAAGGGCGGUGCAAUCGCUAGGGAUCAACCGCUAUCAAGUAUUGGUGGAAAAGACAAAGGGAAUUGAGGCUAUUGAUAACCAAAGAGAAAAGUACCAAGGUCUGAAUAAGUCUAAGCAAGGAAGUGGAGGUCCAACUAGGGCUAACCAAGGCAGGAAUGACAAGGGCGAGAACUAUUCGAAGAAGCCGUAUGUUCGUCCUCAGGGUAAGGGGACGACUUCUGGGUCUGUUAAUCCUUCGGGCGGGGAUGCUAUCGCACUGAGACCUCUACCAGUGAGUUUGGAGGGUGUGACUUGUUUCAAGUGCAACAAAAAGGGGCAUUUUUUCCAUCACUGUCCUGAGGAUCCUUCGAUGUGCUGGAAUUGCAACGAGCCAUGCCAUCUUGCUAGGGAUUGCAGGAAACCUGAAGUUGAGGCCACUAUGAAUAUUGCAAGGGGACAAGGAGGCCAAAAUCAGAACCAGAAUGUAGUGUGCUUCAAGUGCGGACAAGCUGGACACUGCGCCAAGGCAUGCGCAAGACGUUGCUACAACUGUAGGAAGCCAGGGCAUUCAGCUAAGGACUGUGAGGAACAAAAUAUUGAGCCGACUGCGAGAGGACCGGGGAAUCUCGUGCAACCACUUCAGGAAGAGUUGCGAGUGCAGGGGAGCAGGCUAAGGAGAGCAUGA